UGGGGCUGGGGCUGCAGCUCGGGGGUGCUGGGGCUGUGCUGGGGGAAUCACUGUGUGUGCAGAUGGGCACCUGGGUCCUUCUGCACGUGGAGCACGUCCUCCUGGGCUGGGUGCUGCUGCUCGGCACUUUGGCCAGCGUGUUGGCCACCAGCAGCAAGAGAGACCUGGGCCCAGUCAAGGAGGUGGCGAUGGACAUGGCCAACAACACCUUUGAUGACCAGUACCAGGGCUGCAGCCGCAUGAUGGAGGAUGAGCUGGAGGAGCUGAACCGCACCGAGUUCACCAACGAGGUCUAUGCUGAGGGGUGGAGAAACGCUGCCAUGGAGUGGCGAAAUAGAUGGGGUCGCGCCGACCGCCCACCGGCACUGAGACGGGAUCAGGCCACAGCCAUGCUGGCGUACACGAUGGAGGGGAAACUGUACCACCAGUUCAACAACGCCACGAGAGGGGAUGGCAUCUCCCGGCAGCACUACCUGCGCUCCUUCCCCUUCAAGACGCUGCAUUUCCUCCUGAGCAGAGCCCUGCACACCCUGCGGGAAUCCCAGCCCCAGCAAUGCUACAACGUCUACCGCGGCGUCAAGGGCACCCGAUUCACAGCACAGCAAGGCAGGGUGGUCCGCUUCGGCCAGUUCACAUCCUCCUCCCUCAGGAAGAAGGUCGCUGAAUCUUUUGGCCAGGACACCUUCUUCUCAGUGGAGACCUGCUAUGGUGUGCCCAUCAAGGAAUUCUCCACUUUCCCCGGUGAGGACGAAGUCCUCAUCCCACCCUUUGAGCAAUUCAGGGUCACCAACAUCACCUGCAUUGAGGGAAGAACCCUAAUCCAGCUCCGCUCCCAAGGGAUGAACAGCACCUACAACUGCGAGUUCGUGAAGGGUAAGAGCUGCAGUGCUCCAGCAUGGGGAGCUUGGGUGGAUCGGGGACACUGAGGACCGGGACAUGGGGAGGGUGUGCAGGCUGUGGUCGUGGGGAGGUGGGGAGCUCGGCCAACGGGGAGCCCACGGGGAACUUGAGGCCGGGCCCCGCUGAUGGCUGCAGCCCGGCAGCUCUGCGCUGGGGUUGCAG